CUGGCCUUGACCCAGUCACUUUACUGCAAUAGAACGGCUGGUACCUCCAAUUUAUUUAUUUAGAACCAUAUUAUCUCAAUCCUCAAACAAAUCCACCAGAAGAAAAAAGAAAAAGAAAAGAACAGAAAAAUGACCGACCCAACAACGACCCUCAACGUCGACCUCGACAUCCAAGAAAUCCUCCUCGCCGCCUCGCAACACAACAUCCCCAAACUCCGCCAACUAGUCCGUUCCAACCAAACAGCCGGCAACCCCGUCAACGUGAAAGACCCGGAAACUGGCUACGCGCCGCUACACGCCGCCAUUGCGGCCUGCGAGGCUGACGAUGAGCCGAACGGCGUGCAGACGAACGGCGAGCAGGCUGAUGAGCAGAGGGGGGUUGUUGAGGCGGGGGUUGCGACUGUGAGGUUUUUGCUGCAGGAGGGGGCUAUUUGGAAUGAUUUGGAUAAUAAUGAUGAGACGCCGGGGUGUCUUGCUAGGAGAUUGGGAGUUCAGGAGUUAUAUGAGAUGAUUGUUGAUGCGGGGGUUAGGGCGGAGUUGCUUUUGAAUCGGUUGGAUGGGUAUGAGGAGAUUGGGGGGGAUGAGGAUGAGGAUGAGGAGCAGGGGCAGGAGGAGAGUGCUGAGGCUGGGGUUGAGCAGACGGUUGAUCCCGAGUCGGUUCCUCAGUUGGUUGAGGCGGUUGCUGCUGCUGAGGCGGCGGCGGAGACUGGUGGUCCCGAUGUCACUAGUUCUCGGUAUCUUGAUUCCAACUUGACUUUCCACAAUGACCGGUUACUGGAUCAAGAUCAGAAUGGUGUUAUGAUGGCUUGGGAGACGGAUAUUAUGGCUAAGUCGGCGAAGAAGUUGCUGCCUACGUCUGGACUGCGCGCCCUGAAUGUUGGUCAUGGUAUGGGCAUUGUGGAUGGGUUUAUUCAGGAACAGUCGCCCGCUGAGCACCAUAUCAUUGAAGCACACCCGGAGGUUGUUGCGGAGAUGAAGCGGAAAGGUUGGCACCAGAAGCCGGGAGUUACGAUCCACGAAGGCAGAUGGCAGGAUAUCCUUCCUGACCUGGUCGGACAGGGGGUUAUGUUUGAUGCCAUUUACUACGAUACAUUUGCCGAAUCAUACGCCGACUUCCGGGAGUUUUUCAGCGAGCACGUUAUCGGACUGCUCGAACAAGAGGGAAAAUGGAGCUUUUUCAACGGCAUGGGGGCUGACCGGCAGAUCAGCUACGAUGUCUACCAGAAGGUGUCUGAAAUUGAUAUUUUCGAGGCUGGGUUCGAUGUAGAGUGGGAGGAGAUCGAAGUGCCGAAGUUAGACGGCGAAUGGAACGGUGUACGCAGACCGUACUGGCAGAUCGAAAGCUAUCGUCUGCCUCUGUGUAAAUAUAUGGAUUAGAAUUAUCUCUUCGUUUCAUGAAAUCUUCCAGCUGCAUGACUCCAAA